AUGGCGGAGGCGGCCUUAUAUCGCGUACUGCUGAACUGUCAGGGGCAGGAAAGGCGGAGACUGGGACUUGGGGGAAGGGGAAUACGAAGGGUCCGGGAUGCUGGCGAAAGGGGAGUUGAAAGGGGGAGGUCGGGACGCGUUUUGGCGGAAGGUGAGGGGGAAGGAGAGAAGGGAAGGAGAGACCACAGGCAUCGCAAGAAUGGUAGUUGGGGGAGACGAGUGCGUAACUUGGUUGCGAGUGAGGCACACUAUAAGGGGGAAAUGGAGGCGGAAGAGGCGUGUGGUAAGGAGAAGGCGGGGUGGGAUACGUGGGGGGAGCAUUCAGGGGAGGACGAGAAUAAGGAAGUUGUGAGUGUGGAGCUUAGGAAGGGAAGGGUGAAGGAGGAGGAGGAGGCUGAGGAGGAGGAUGAUGAGGAGGCGACGCGAGGAGGAAUGGUGAUGUUGUCAAAGUCGGCGGACCGCGUGGUUGGAAGCGCGGUGGUUGAGGAAUCUUGGGAUUGGUCGCCUUGCGCGGCUCAGCAGCUCCUCUUCCUCCCAGAUUUGCGCGACGCGACUCCCCCGUACAGUCACGACCGCCCGUCGGACACUCCAUACAGUCACAAUAGCUUAGAGAAGGUGUCAACUCGUUAUAAGAGCCACGAGACCAGGGCGAGCCACGAAAUGAGGUCACAUGCAUGGUAUCUACGCUCCCACGACAGCAACCAUCCCCAUAUCUCGUCCGGCAUGCCCUCUCGCAAUCACAGCCUUCCCCAUGCCCCGUCCUGCCCGCCCUCCCUCUCGUCUCGCGCACCCUCCCGCCGGCCCUCGCGCCGAUCCUGCCAUCGAGCCUCGGUACCAGCGUCGUCCGGAACCUCUUUUGAUUAUUAUUCGCCUGUACGUAAGGAGCAGGAGGGGGAAGGGGAGGGGGAAGAGGAGGGGGAAGGGGAGGGGGAAGGGGAGGGGGAAGGGGAGGGGGAAGGGGAUGGGGAGAAGGAGGAAAAGGAGGAAGCGGAGGAGGAAAUGGAGGAGGGUGAGGAGAGGCAAGAGGACGAUUUGACUGUCCUCCGAAGCGCCUUAGAGCGCGAAAUGGAGCUUUCUGAUUCUCUGCGGCGCGAGGUGGAGCAGGAGCGGGCGGCAGCAGACAGCGCCGCCCAGGCGAGCAUGGAUUUGAUUCACCAGCUGCAACAGGACAAAGCUGCCGCCCAGCGCGCGGCCAGCAGUGCCGCCCAGAGAGAGCGGAUUUUGGAGCAGAAGGUGUCAUCUGAUAAGGAAGAGAUGGGAUUGAUGAGGGACAUUUUAGAGAGGCAAGAGGAGGAGGUAGCAGUUUUAAGAGAAAUGCUGGAACAGAAACAGGAGGAGGUUAGGGUUUUAGAAGCUGAGCUGGCACUCUGGAGAGGACACGUGUCGCAAGCUGAUUCGCAUGGGGGGACGCAGGUGGAGGAAGGUCCAGGGGAGGAAGAACGGCUGACGGGUGAAGUUGAAGGGGAGGGAGCGAUGUUUACUGUAUAG